UAGUUUUCAAAUUAUUUUUCCGCCACGGUGAUUAAUCAAGAACAAACAUUUUCCCGCCAUAACCCCCCCCCUAGUUUAUAAACAAUCUCUCUCACCCUCUCAUGGCGGAGCCGAUCCGUCUGUUUCACUAUCAGAGAAGAGAUUCUAGAACUGAGUCGAAUAAUGAGUGAUUUCGAUCUCGGAACGACUCGGAGGAUGACGACUGAGACACACCGCACGACGACGUUUCUUGAUCUACUCCGACGCCAGAUGAGCGUUGCCGAUCGCACCAGGAGAAAGCGGACUCUUAGAGAGCGGUUGAGAUUCAAAUUCACCGCAUGCUGUGGGCCCACCCUCAACAAUACAACAACUAGUGCUACUCUCCACAGUCCAACCUCUAGAGAAGACGAAAUCCAAGAACAAAGUGAAAUCCAGUUCGUUACCGGGUCAGACACUGGAUCGGGUUCGGGUAUGAAUCUCGCGACGGCUUUAGAGGCGGAGAGAUACAACCGGGGAGAACCGGCGGUUGAUAUGACGCCGAGGAGAGUGUCGUUGAUGAGAUUGCUGGAUGAGACGGCGGAGGGAGUGGACGAUGACGGGAGAGAGACGGAGAUAUCAACGGCGUCGAUGGGGACGUUAACGGGUAACGAUUCGGUGUGCUGCGUGUGUAUGGGAAGAAAGAAAGGCGCUGCGUUUAUCCCCUGUGGACACACUUUUUGCAGAGUUUGCUCCAGAGAGCUGUGGCUCAACCGAGGCUCGUGUCCACUUUGCAACCGUCCGAUCAUUGAGAUUCUUGACAUAUUUUGAAACCAAUCGAAUGGCUGUAAAUUCUCGAUCUAACACAAAGUUUUUUUACA